AUGGCCGGCCACAACUCAGACUACGAGUUGAAAUCAGUCAACGUCACGGAGCAAGCGAAGCCGCCCUUGCCCUCAGCUCACGAUGUAUCCUCCGAGGAGGACACUGCACACGUCCAGACACGCACAAGAAGGCUCUUCAGCUUGAACAAGCUGUUUGCCUUCCAUCUCAACUACAUGGGAACGUGGUAUGGCGUUGGAGGCAACAUGUACUUCGCCAUGUACAACGGCGGCCCUUCGGCAUGGUUUUUCGGCUACCUCAUCAUCUUCUUCUUCGCCUGCUUUCAAGUUGCUUCCUUCGCAGAAUUGUCUUCAAUCCAGCCUAUCGCCGGUGCCCAGUACUACUGGACCUACCACUUUGCACCACCUACACCACUGCUCGAAGCUCUCGUCCAGAUAAACUACUCGGACUACGAGCAAACAGGUUGGCGCACGAUGCUUAUUACUCUUGCGGUAUUGUCCGCUAUGACUUUUGUCAACCUUUAUUGCUUCCGCGUGGUCCCGUUCGUCGAACUCAUCACGGGAAUCUUGUCCCUCAUUCUUUUCCUGGCCUUCGUCGUCAUCUACCUCGUCAUGGGCCCACGUAACAGCGUCGAUAUCUUUACCACCUCCGGUACUCUGUCCGGCUGGGAGGACUUUUAUGCAUCUUCCCAUGUAGGAGCACUGUCCAGUUUCUUCUUGUUCAUUGGUUUUGAGGGUGUUAUCAACAUGGGUGAAGAGUCGAAGACAGCCCAAGUCGUUGUUCCGAAAUCGCUGUUAUGGUCUGUCGUCACCGGCGGCCUAAUGGGAUUCAUCUUCUCGAUCGUCUUGAUGUUCGUCAUCCCGUCACCCGAAGUGCUCAUCGCAGCCGCCAACCCGCAAAUCGCCACCAUGCUCCAUGUGACUGGAUCUAUAAAAGCCACGACUGCUAUGGGAUCGUUCUACCUAUUCUUGCAAUGGUCUUCUGCCAUGUGCACCAUCUCGUCAGCCUCGCGACUGACAUGGGCAUGGGCGCGAGACGGUGGGCUGCCGCAGUACUUCGGUCAUGUCGAUGGCAAAUACCGUAUUCCUCUGCGUGCCGUCAGCUUGAACUCGGUUAUCAUCGCCCUCUUGAGCUUACUGAACUUAGGAAGCGGCGCCUUUGUCGCUCUAGGAGCCAUUUCCUCCUUAGCGACUACAGCUCUAUAUAUCAAUGCGAUCAUACUUGCCGUGGUCUUGUACGCUCGCUUUACAUCUGGCUUCAAACUCGGAGAGUGGAACUUGGGGAAAUGGGGAGCUCCCAUUAAUGUGAUUGCCUUGGUGUAUACCAUUUACGCCGUCAUAUGGUUCCCUUGGCCACAGACCGUCCCUGUCGAUGGUUCAACUUUGAAUUACAGCGGACCUGUGACGGGCCUCGUACUUGUGGCCGCUGUUACUCUCUGGUUCAUGAAGUCCAGGCAUCAUUGGGAAGGUCCCAGCCGAGCUGUUGCCAAGAUUGUUCUUGAAAAUGCUAAGAAGUAG